CUUCAUGAUGCCGCAACAGCUCGACAAUGAUACAGCGAGAGAAAAACCUCUGUCGCCAAAUUCGAAUAUAUGAGUGAGGCGGAGCGACGUCGAGCACUCGAGCAGGAGCCAAAACUGGCCCCCACGUCGAUGCCCUGCAGCCAAGGGAUCGUUCCUCUUCAUCGCAUUUGUCCAAUCUCACCCAAUAACCGCUGGCACAGCCGCAACGCAACGCAUUCCAAGGCUUUUUCAGGCUUGAUAUGUCUCGCUCCUGCCUCCAGAUCAAGAGAUAUCGCCAGUAUCGAAGCGUUUCCUGACCUUCUACUGUCGCACCCUCCAGCACACCUACCGAUUCCCACCGAAACCCCUUCCAAAAGCCACUCAAAGGCCGUUCAAUAAGGAUCGAAACCAUGCCCCUGAAGGGUCUGCUCAAGAAGAAGGACAAAAUUGAAGAUGACAGACCAAUACCGCCUUCCCUGCCGCAGGCCAACGAGUUCACAUUCAUGCGCACAGAUACACACACGGAAGAAUACAUCAACCCUCCUGCUUUUGACGACGAGCGAGUUGGGCCUGAGCCAAGGACCACUUCCGCUACGAGAAGAUCAUUCGGCCGCUUUCGAAAGAGCGUGAGCCCCAGCGCAUCGGAUAGUCCGUCCCCAGAGAAGGAAAGAAAAGAACGCAAGAGACUCUCUGAGCGCCUCCACCUCAAUCGAGACCGUUCAGCUAGUACCGGCUCGGUCAAUCUGCCUUCAGACCUUCCCGAUAUUCAAGACGCAUACAAUGAGUCCAUCGACCGACAAGACAGAGAAGCGAAAUGGGAAGAACGUGCCACCAUGUUAGCAAGUAAAAGCCCCAACAUUGCACCCAGACCUCCAACUGCGGAAAUGGAAAACCUCGACCUGGAAGCUGGUGGACAGUCACCAGGUCGGCCACGGAGCAUUAAUGACCCUGAGAGCGAUAUCGACAUACAAAAAGCAAUCCAGCUGCACGAGUCGGGUGAUUUAUCAGAGGCCACAGAAAUGUUCAGGAAACUGGCCGAGUCAGGCAAUGUUUUAUCUCAGGUCCUCUAUGGACUUUCUCUGCGGCAUGGUUGGGGUUGUCAGCCUGAUCCUGCACGGGCGGUUACCUAUCUGUCAGCAGCUGCAACCAACUCGGCCACCAUCGAAUCAGACGCUUUGAAAGCAGGCAUGAAGAAAGGAGGUGCAGCUAAAGGAGAACUGGUGCUUGCCAUCUUCGAAUUAGCGAACUGCUUCAGACAUGGAUGGGGAAUUCCGGUCGACAAAGUUGCAGCAAGGCAAUACUACGAAACAGCCGCAAAUCUUGGAGACACCGAUGCAAUGAAUGAAGCAGCUUGGUGCUACUUGGAAGGAUUUGGGGGCAAAAAGGACAAGUUUAAAGCGGCACAGCUUCUCAGAUUGGCGGAGAACAAUGGCGCAAAGACACUGGGGAAUUCCUGGAUUUGGAAAGAGAAGUACGAUCCACCGAAGUGAGGCCUGUCCUCGUCAAAGCAGUGAGCAGUUCGUCGCCGGAUGUCUUUCCAAGCGAGGCGAGCCGGGAAAUGGCCGCAAGCCCCAGCCGUCCAACUGACUGGGAUCCAUGUUGAUGUACGCUUCUCUCAAGCAGCGUUUCCAGGUCGGGCCUUCUGCCUAGGCAACAAAGUUUGGGCUUCAAACGAGGCGGUGACGGCGACUGUUUCUGGCAGCCUUGAUUUGGGCUUCGCUUUUUCGCUCAUGAGAUCGAAGAGUCUUGGAUGUCAAAUGAUGGUGACGCUCACUCUCUGAGCCAACAAGCGAAUGGGCCUCUUCAUCCGUCGGUCUUCUGAUGGCCACAGUCGCGGUUCUGGUUGGGGCUUUCAUGCAUUUGUCUGCAUAGCGCAGGGGUCCAUGGCUCCUUAUGCCAUGGUGACUAUUGCUUGCUCUCCUUAGAGUUGGGAUUAGCGAUGGCCUUGAUGGAGCCCCUUCACUUUUCCGGCGUCGUUGUGGUCGCUGUUUCUGCUUGGACUUGGUCAUGGUCUGGCUGUGGCUGUGGCUAUCACGCAACGUAGGAUGCCUUCUACCUGGAUAUUGGUCUGCUGCCCGGUCAUUGCUCCCUGACGAUCGCUGAUGCCAACUACUUGCUUCGUACUUGCUACCAUCAAGAGCGGCCAGCCGGCCGUUUAUUUCCUGUUAUGCUCAUGCUCAUGCCCAUGC